CUAUCUCGCUCGCUGCAGACCUUUUUUGGACUCUAUCGCUUUCCGUUAUUCCAGGAAGCGUUUGCGCAGCGUCUCUAGUACACCGCACCACUGGUUCAAAUUCAGCUAUUUACCGUUUUGUCGUGGACCAAUAUCAGGCCUAAAGAUGUCUGGGGGGACCCGUUUGGAGAACGCGAACCCCGUGAUUUUCCAGCGGUCGGGGGACAGGCUGCUGACGGCGUCGGAGGAGGACGAAGACGUCCACGACCCCAUCGACGACAGAGAAAUAUUCGAUCUGAUCAGAUCCAUCAAUGACCCAGAGCAUCCUCUGUCUCUGGAAGAACUCAAUGUGGUGGAGCAAGUCAGAGUCAAGGUUAAUGAUGGAGAGAACACUGUGGGCAUUGAGUUCACACCCACCAUCCCCCACUGCAGCAUGGCAACACUCAUCGGCCUGUCAAUCAAAGUCAAGCUGCUACGCUCCCUGCCAGACAGGUUCAAAAUUGAUGUCCACAUCACUCCUGGGACUCACGCCUCAGAGGAAGCAGUGAACAAACAGCUGGCAGACAAAGAGAGAGUGGCCGCAGCUCUGGAGAACUCCUCGCUGCUGGAGGUGGUCAACCAGUGUCUGUCCAACAGGAGCAUCUGAGCAACCAAUCAGCUUCGUUUGUUGUCUUUCUUCUUUCAGCCUCUGAACAGCCAAGACAUGUCUGGCUCUUUCUUUGACGACUGAGAUGCAUCUGCCAAGCUUUCUGUCUGUCCACCUGUCACCUAUCCCGGUAUGAAUAGCUGCAACUGGCGGACACUGAUGCAGCAAAACAGAGGCAGGGGCACACUGAUCCAUAUAGUUCCAGUGUUUUCUGGAUACAAGCACAGGGAAACCCUAUUCUCAGUUGUGUCCACCUAAAGAGAAUAAUAUAAUCUCUUUAUCAUCCUUCAGAAUAGACUGGACCAAGCAGACAAAUUUAUUCCAUUUGGGAAUUUUAGAGGUGUCCAGUAUGAAAAAGUAGAGAAAUUCUACCGAUUGGGUUCUUCAUACAGUUUAAUGCCGAUUUUGUAUUAUGAAAUUAUUAUUGUAGCAUGUGCAGUGAAUCAUCACUAGAAUUAUGUAUGGAACCGCCAUCUGCUCAGAGUCUGCAGAAACAAUUGUCAUCUGUAUAUAAAAUCAGUGCUUUUGAAAUUUCAUUAAAAGUAUUCACAUCA